AGUUGAAAGUUGGUCAGUCGCCAAAUAUUCUGUCAUCUGGUAGGACGCAUUAUAUUUUACGGUGGGCAAUUAAAUAUUUUUUUGUUUUUGCAAAAAUUAUGUAUUAUUCGCAAUUUCUCGUCGCCCUCCUCCUCCUCGUGGUGGGAGGGAGCCAGGCCCAAUCGGUGUGGACGUACACGUGUCGCAAUGAGAAAUUCUGCCAGCGGGUCGCGGUGGCUGAUCUUCCCGGGGGCGGCGGCGUUCCGUUGGACGUAUGCAAAUUAAAUUGUGACAAGGCCCACGGGAGUUUGUUCCCGUUGCCGACGGGGCAGGUCACUCUUGGUCCAAAUACGACGCCAUUUUAUCCCGGUUAUGUCACUCCUUCGGGCUAUGACGCUUAUCCAAUCCCAGUUCGUGACCUUUUUAGAGCUGCAGCGGGGAUUUUCAUAGAUUAUUUGAAUAAGAUGCGCCCGUCCGGGCCUGAUGACCCGAUUUAUAGGAAUGCCGUCAACGUCAGACUGACCGCGUCGGACACUUCGACCGCCAUGUUCACUCUGGGAACGGAUGAGUCAUACACGCUGACCGUGUCCGUUAGUGCGGAUGGGAAAACCGUGACUGCGGAUAUAUCAGCGGUCACCUUUUUCGGAGCGAGGCACGGACUCGAAACGUUAUCUCAGUUAAUCGCCUACGACGAGGAUCUCGACGUUUUACAGAUCGUAAACACCGCGAGUAUCGUGGAUAAGCCGGUUUAUCUUUAUCGAGGCCUAGCGUUGGACACAGCGAGAAAUUUUAUUAGUUUAGACGGCAUCAAGAAAGUCAUCGAUGGCUUAUCGUACAACAAGAUGAACAUGUUUCAUUGGCAUAUUUCGGAUACUAACUCGUUCGCUAUGGAAGUUGAGGGAUGGCCGCAGUUCACUACGCACGGAGCCUAUUCUUCCGAGAAGAUUUAUUCCCUCGCAGAUAUGCGCGACCUUGUCGCGUACGCGAGGGCGCGUGGGGUUAAAAUCGUUCCAGAAUUUGAUGAGCCUGCCCAUGUUGGUUUUGGGUGGGAAUGGGGACCUUCCGCCGGGCUGGGGAACCUUGUCGUUUGCCUGAAUGAAGAUCCCUGGUACGACCUUUGUCUCCAACCCCCGUGCGGACAAUUGAACAUCGUCAACGAUAAUGUUUACGUAAUGCUCGGUCACAUUUUCACCUCCAUGUUGAAAAUUUUCGACAACGAUUUAUUCCACAUGGGCGGCGACGAGGUGCAUUUUGGAUGCUACAACAGUUCUGAAGAAAUUAAGGCGUGGAUGGCCGCAAAUGGAACGUCAACCGACGUGGCGGGAUUCGUCUCGCUUUGGGGAAGUUUCCAACACCAGGCUCAUGACAAACUUGUCGCUGCAUCGAGCAACAAAGACAUCACUGGAAUUCUCUGGACGUCCGAAUUAACUCAUCGCGAAUACAUCUCGGAAUAUUUAGACCCGGCGAAAUACGUUAUCCAAAUUUGGACCGAGACCCUCAACGCGGACACCCCCGCCAUGAUUACGGACGGUUACCGUGUCAUAUUUUCGAAUUACGACGCCCUCUACUUAGACUGCGGGUUUAACGCGUGGCUCGGCAGUGGGCACAAUUGGUGUUCGCCGUACAAAGGGUGGCAGUCAAUCUACGACCACAGUCCUCACGGUAUUUAUGCUAACGCGACAAAUUCUACCAUGGCGGACGCAGCAUUGGCGGACGGUCGCUUAUUAGGAGCUGAGGCGCCCCUUUGGGUGGAACAGGCGGACGAGAAAGCCUACGAAUCCCGUCUCUGGCCUCGUGGCGCCGCCUUGGGUGAACGGCUUUGGACAAAUCCGACUACCAACUGGGCGGACGCGGAACAUCGCAUGGUCACAAAUCGAAAUCGAAUGGUCGCCCGAGGAAUUAACGCGGAUGCAAUGCAACCCGAAUAUUGUUCCAUGUAUCAGAACAAGUGUUACGGACCGGGAGCUUGGGAUGGAGAGGUGACGUCCCCACCAACAUCCCCCCAAACGCCAGCCCCUUCACCUGCAACUUCCCCCCAAACACCAGCCCCUUCACCUCCAACGUCAACCCCGCCGUCCUCAACGACACAAGGUGGCACGGGAGCUGCCUCGAGCACGGUAGGCGGGAUUUUUCUCGUGAUAACUUCUCUACUUUGGAGCUUAUCUACAGCAUAACUUUUUUGUGAUUAUUGCAAUUUAAUUUAUUCAUGUGAAUUAAAAUUAGUGUGAUUUGAUUAAAUAAAUGAAUACUUAUGAAUUAUUCAGAAAAUUG